AUGUCCAUGCAGUCUGAUUCAGGGAAAGGUCACUCCAAGAGCAAACGCCUCCACACCAGUCCCCAUGUCUCUCUAGAAGUGCCAGAGGUUGGAGUUGAGAAAGAGAAGCCUGUCUCAGAGGUGGAUAUUUCAGCAGACAAAGUAGAUUCCUACACAAAACGGCUGAGAGAAGCAUUUAAACGGCAUUUAGUAUUGAGUGGUAUAUCAAAGGAGUCAUGGACAGAGGAAAGUGAGCAAGCCUUGGAUAAAUCCAUCUCAGACUUUUCUGUCAGGCUUGUCUACCAUCACCCUUUCACCGGCCUACGCGUGAACUAUGCCAUACCAGCUCAGGUGGUUGAGCACAUGUCCUACUUCAUUCAGGCAGAGGAUAGUAUAAUCACAGAGGAGAGUUUUAGGAGCUCAGUGCAGUUUGGUUCUGUAAGGGGAGGGGCCAUAGAGGGUCUCCUCAGGCUGAUGAACGGCGUUCACACCCCUCAGGUCACCCUCAGCACUGCCUGGCCAGAGACCACCAAGAACAACUUGCACCCCUUCCUCAGCAAACUUACAGACAGCAGAUAUAAACUGCUGGGCAGCACGGUGAUAUACAUCCCUCUGGAGGCUCUGCAGCACCGCCCAGAGGUGGCCGUCACGAACAAGAGUCUGGUGCGAAGGCUGGAGAAUAACACUGUGCUCGUGUGUGUACAGAUCACGCCAAUGACAGGAUCACGGCUCUUAUGCAAGAUUAGUACUGAGAUCAUCUGUCGGUGUUGUCGGGAGAUUUCUCUGGACAGGAUCUUCCAGGGUUACGUGAUCUCCAGCAAGCAGAUUCUGAAUGACUGUAUCCAGUGCUGCCUGGCCUGGAAAGAACUCUACCUGCACACCUCCCAGCUCCACCACAAAUACUCUUCCCAAGGUUGGUCGCUUGACCUGAUUAGCAUAUUUGCUCUGGUGAAUUCCUUUGUGCAGAGAUGCAAAGAUCUAAUAGAGGUAUGUGACUGUCAGCAGCAGUUUGCUCGCUGGGAAGAGGGUGAGCAAGUGCCGUCGCCAUGCUUUGCAGGAUGUCAGGGGACAGAGGUCACUCAGAGACCUGACCACAGCCUGCAGGUCCUGCGCUCCGUUAAAGACAUCCUAGAUGUCAGAAAUCCCUCUGGGCAUGAGGACUACAGCAGGUUCCGUGCUAAAGUGAAAGAUCUGGAGGUGAUGAUGCAGAAUUUGAUCACUUCAACCUUUGAGACUGUGAACUGUGUGGAGGAAGGAGUACAGCUGCUUGAUGUGUUUCAGCACCUGUCUGGACGAGAGGCUAUCAAGCAGACCAUUGACAGAAAUACGGUGGAUUUAUACGCUUUGCUCAGUGUUGAGCUGAGUGAUAUCAAUUUGGUGAUGUGCAGGCUGUCAUCUCUCACUCCUGCUCAGAUGCCUCAACACGCAGGACAGGCGCAUUGGACCCGAGCAGUCUGAUCACGGAUAGAAAGACCCAUGGAGGUUCUCUAGUGCACUCAUUUCCUGCCACAUGUCAGCAGCGGAGAAGAAGUGCAUGUGAAUUAUGCUAAGUUUUGUCAGACUCUGGAUGAGUAGGUGAGGAGGUUCUUCACAGACUGGAGUCAGAGUCUGAACAGAGAGUGUCUCAGCAGUCUCAACCAGCUGCUCAUGAUCCAUUAUAAAGGGAAGACAGGUCUGCUGGACAUCAACUAUAAUAAGAACCUGUUGAAGAUGUUUAAUGAGAUUCAUUACAGGGACCGACUGCUCUUGGAGAUCCCUCACUACAUCACAGAGGUGUAUCAGUGCAGAGAGGAACUCCACAACCUGAGAGAGAAUGUCCUCCUAGUUGUUAGAGACUACAACAGAAUCAUUAAUGCUCUAACUGCAGAUGAGCUGGGUCUCUUUUCUGAGAGAAUUCGGUUCUUGGAUAGGAAAAUCCAGCCAGGCCUGUCAAAACAGCACUGGUCGACAAAAGGAACAGCCAGCGUCUUUAUCAAUGACUGCAGAUUGCACGCCAACAAGAUGCAGUUAAUGGUGGAUGAAUAUAAGGCAGCUAACCUAGCCGCCUCUAAGCUCUGUGAGAGGAUCAGUGAACUGCUUUUGGUGCGUGUGGAUGGCAAGAUGGUCUAUGGAGACCUGGAGUUCCAGGAGGAUCAGCAGAGUCAUCAGCGUAGCCAGCUUCUCCGACUGCAGAACGCUCACCAGGACAUUAUCAAAAUCAUGGCCAGUGUCUACGGGACCUACCACCUAGAUGGCCCAGAGGUGCAACAGUAUUGGGUGUCAUACAUGGAGAAGAUGGACCGAAUGGUUGAGGAGGAGUUUCGUGUGAAUAUAAAGCGCUCACUGCAGGAGCUCUCUGAAGCCGUCAGUGGAGAUGACAAGACAUCCCCAAACCCUUUAUUCAGAGUACAGGUGGUACUGACACAGCAGACUCAUCGAUCUCUUGCUCAGGUGGAUUUCUCUCCUUCUCUCCAGAAACUGGCCCACAUAGUGAACAGCUUUAGCUCUCAGCUCAUCAAGACCAUCUCAGGGUUCAAACGUUUGCCAGACCUGCUGACCCGCCAGCACUCACAGCAAAAACCCAUCCACAGCAUCAUCGAACAAGAUGAAGAGAUCUGUAAGAUCCAGGGAGCCCUAGCUGCAGGUAUGGUGACUAAUGCAUCUUACCUGCAGACCUACCUGAAGACCUGGGACAAACACAGGAUCUGGGAAAUUGAAAAAGACGGCUUCAUACAGCGCUACCAGCGGCUCAGCCCUACAGUAACCUCCUUUGACGCUGACGUAGCCAGGUCCAUUUGGCAGCAGUGUAACCACAGAUUCUGCACUGCAGCAGGUGUCAGAGCUGCGUGCCCAGUAGGAGGAGAUCAGUCCAUCACAACACAGCACUCAGCAUUUUACACUGCAGCCUGCAGUAGGAUCCUGACUGUGUUCUUUCAAGACAAGCACUGGGAGGUUGUGGACUUCUCUAAGAACAGGAUCAAGCAUUUUAAGAAUAUCAUCCCACUGAUCAGAGACCUCAGGAAUCUAUUCAUGAGAGAGAGACACUGGGAUCAAAUAAGACAAGAGGUGCAGCAGACAUUUGACCCAACCAGUGCAGACUUCACUCUGGAGAAGAUUGUGGCUUUGGGUCUGGACCACCAUGCUGAGCGUAUCAGUGACAUAUCAGGAGCGACCAGCAAAGAACUCUCCAUAGAACAGACACUGGAAGGCAUCAUGAAGACAUGGGAGGAAAUGUCCCUGGACAUCACACCCUACAAAGACAAAGGACACCACAAACUGAGGGGAACAGAUUAUGUGUUCCAGGCUCUGGAGGAUAACCAGGUGACACUCUCUGUAAUGAAAGCAUCUCGUUUCGUCAAAGCAUUUGAAAAGGAAGUUGACCACUGGGAACGUAGUCUGUCUCUGGUGCUGGAAGUCAUUGAAAUGAUCCUCACUGUACAAAGACAAUGGAUGUAUCUAGAGAAUAUCUUUCUGGCAGAUGAUAUAUGUAAGCAGUUGGUUCGUGAAACGGCUGAAUUUGAUGACGUCAACUCCAGUUGGAAAAUCAUCAUGGACCGACUCGACAAGGACAAAAAUGCUCUCAGAGGAACACACCAUCCCGGUCUUCUAGAGAAGCUCUCAGAAAUGAACACUAAGUUAGAAGAGAUUCAGAAAUCUCUGGACAUGUACCUGGAGACCAAACGGCAAAGAAUAUGGGUUGGGAUCAAUAACAACAAAUCAGAGGCAAGUGGGAUGUUCUCAGCUGAUGGGGAGUUUGUUGACUUCACUCAUCCCGUUCUUCUGGAGGUGCCAGUGGAGGCAUGGUUGUGUGAUGUCGAGCGAACCAUGUGCUGGACUUUAAAGGACUGUCAGAAGAACUGCUCCAUGGCUCUCAAGAAGAUGCCAGGGAAGAGGGGCAAAUGGGUACGAGACUGGCCAGGACAGAUGUUGAUCACAGCCAGCCAAAUCAAGUGGACCACAGAUGUCACCAGAGUGCUCAUGACCAGCAAAGAGAGAGUAGAUAAAGGUGCCCUUAAAUCACUUAAAAAGAAACAGUGUUUGGGUUGUGUUGCCCAAGUGUCCAUGCUAAGUCAGAACUCUGAAGCCAUACGAGGGAACUUAUAGAAGAUUCUGCACUUUAAGAUUGUCGCCCUGGUCACCAUUGAGAUCCACGCCUGUGAUGUCAUCAGCAAACUGGCCAAAUCAGGCUGUUGUGACGUCAGUGCCUUUGACUGGCUGUGCCAACUCUGCCUGUACUGGGACAAGGAUGUGUAUGACUGCAUCAUCAAACAGACCAAUACUCACUUCCGCUAUGGCUACGAGUACCUGGGCAACUCUGGUCGUCUGGUCAUCACCCCCCUCACAGACAGGUGCUACAUGACUCUUACCACAGCAGUGGUAAAAGGGGUAGUUCUCAAAGUCCCUGCUGGAACUGGGAAGACAGAGACAGUUAAAGACCUGGGUAAAUCUUUGGGCAUGUACGUGAUUGUGGUCAACUGAGAAGGCCUGGACUUCAAAUCUAUGGGCCUCAUGUACUCUAGCCUGACAGGCUACGCUGGCCGCACUGAGCUGCCUGAUAAUUUGAAGUCUAUGUUUCAGCCGAUUUCUGUGGUAGUGCCAGAUUCCACCCUCAUAGCUGAGAUCACGCUUUUUACAGAGGGUUUCAAUAACUGCAAGGUGUUGGCUAAGAAGGUCUUCACUCUGUAUUCUCUGGCAGUACAGCAGUUGUCUAAACAGGACCACUAUGACUUUGGCUUGAGGGCUCUCACCUCUCUGCUUCGCUAUGCUGGAAAGAAGCGCAGAACUCGCCCUGACAUUGUCGAUGAAGAGAUCCUGCUGAUGUCUAUGAAGGACAUGAACAUCGCUAAACUCACCUCCAUUGAUCUGCCACUGUUUAAUGGGAUCAUCCAGGAUCUUUUCCCUGCCGUGGAGGCGCCCACUAUCGACUACGGAAAGCUGAAAGAAGCUAUAGAGGCAGAACUUCGACAGAAUGGUCUCCAGGUGACCCCCUUCACUGUGACCAAGGUAAUUCAACUGUACGAGACCAAAAACUCCAGAUACUCCUCGAUGAUCGUGGGGAAGACGGGCAGCGGCAAGGCGGUCACAUGGAGAACCCUUCAAAACACCCUUAGCACCCUGCAACGCAACGGAGAACCGGUAUUCAACCUAAUACGAGAGUGUCCCCUAAACCCCAAGGCAGUGAGCCUGGGAGAACUGUAUGGAGAAUAUAACCUCUCCACCAAUGAGUGGACAGACGGCGUGUGCAGUAAUAGAAUGUGAUGUGCUUGCUCAGAUGAGAAGCCUGAUGAGAAGUGGAUUGUUUUUGACGGGCCAGUGGACACACUGUGGAUCGAGAGCAUGAUCUCUGUAAUGGAUGACAACAAAGUCCUCACACUCAUCAACGGAGAGAGAAUCUCCAUUCCCGAACAGGUUUCAUUAUUGUUUGAAGUAGAGGAUCUAGCUGUGGCGUCUCCUGCUUCUGUGUCUCGUUGUGGUGUGGUUUACAACAACUACUCUGACUUGACCUGGAAGCCUUAUGUUCAGUCCUGGAUAAAAAAACGACAGAAGGUUGAAAUGGAUCAUCUCAGGCAGCUGUUUGACCGCUACAUAGACAAGACCCUCACUUUUAAGAAGACUCACUGUAAGGAGCUGGUGCCCAUCACUGAACUGAACGGAGUGGCAUACUCACUGGCCACUCCAGAGAACGGGGUGAGCCCAGCGGACUCUGAAAACUUUGGCCGUAUGGUGGAGCUCUGGUUCAUCUUCAGUCUCAUAUGGUCGUGCGCCUCUGUAGAUGAGGAUGGACACAAGAAGACUGACAACUUCCUGCAGGAAAUAGAGGGAACUUUCCCUAACAAGCUAUAAAGUGGCAUAAAAAGUGACACAAUCUACGAAUACGACGUGGACACCAAGAACAAAACGUGGGCGUCAUUUGAGGACAAUCUGCCCAAAGGCUGGCGCUACACCUCCAAAGUUUUCCUGGAUGAUCUCAACAUGCCCGCCACGGACGACUUUGGCUUUCAGCUGCCUCUGGAGCUGCUUCGCCUCUGGAUCGACUACGGCUUCUGGUACGACCGCCAGAAACAGAUCCUCAAGUGUAUCAAGGACAUUUUCCUGCUGGCUGCCAUGGGGCCCCCUGGUGGAGGGAGGACUCAGAUACCUGGAUGCCUUCAGAGCCGCUUUAAACUUAUCAACAUGACAUUCCCUACAGAGUCUCAGAUAAAGCGCAUCUAUGGCACCACGAUCAGUCAGAAGCUGCAGGAGUUUGAGGAGGAUGUGAAGCCCAUCGGGGGAGUUCUGACUCAGGCCACCCUGGAGCUCUACCACGCCAUUACCACCCGCUUCUUACCCACGCCCGCAAAAAUACAUUAUCUCUUCAACCUCAGAGACAUCUCCAAGGUGUUCCAGGGUUUAUUGCGAGCACACAAAGACUUCCAUGACACCAAACAGAGCAUCACCCGCCUCUGGAUUCAUGAGUGCUUCAGGGUUUAUUGCGAGCACACAAAGACUUCCAUGACACCAAACAGAGCAUCACCCGCCUCUGGAUUCAUGAGUGCUUCAGAUAUGUUGGACUUCAAAGCUCUGAAGGUUCAUAUGGAGAACCAGUUAGAGGACUAUAACUUCACACCUGGUGUGGUGCCCAUGAGUCUGGGCUAUGAUGAGAUGAGACUAAAGAACAUGCCUCCUGCAGGAAUGAUGUGUGCCUAUGUGUUUGUAUGCAUUGGCAUUUUAAUGUUAACGCGUUUGGUGCGUGUGAUCAGUCAGCUCCGGGGGAACAUGUUGCUGGUUGGUAUCGUUGGCUCAGGCAGGCAGAGUUUAACCAGACUAACUGCCUACAUCUGUAAGUUUACGGUCUUCAAGGUGAAGGUCACCAAACAGUACAGCAAACAAGAGUUCAGAGAGGAUAUUAAAAAGCUCUAUCGGCUGACAGGAGUGGAAAACAAGCCCACUGUGUUCCUGUUUAAUGACACACAGAUUGUCGACGAGUCCUUCCUUGAAGACACUAACAACAUCCUGAGCUCAGGGGAGGUGCCCAAUCUCUAUAAAGUGGACGAGCUUGAUGAGAUUCAGAAUGCUCUGUCAGACUCAGCCAGGAAGGACAAUAUCCUGAAGACAUCAGACGCCAUGUUUAACUAUCUGAUAGAGCGUGUCAGAAAUAACCUGCACAUUGUGCUGUCCAUGAGCCCUGUAGGAGAUCCAUUCAGGAACCAUAUUCGACAGUACCCAGCACUUGUGAACUGCACAACGGUAGACUGGCCACGUGAUGCUCUGUUGGAAGUGGCAGAAAGAUGUUUGGAUGGCCUCUCUCUAGGGAGCGAGGAUGGGAUCCAGACUAAAGUUGCCAGUAUCUUUGUGACCGUGCACCAGUCUGUGGCCCAGUUUUCUCACAGAGUGAAAGUAGAACUGAAGAGACACUAUUAUGUCACGCCCACCAACUACCUGGAGCUGGUUUCUGGAUACAAGAACAUGCAUUCUUGGAAUAUUUAUAACCUUCUAAGAUUGGCGGUGGGUGCUCACAGUGAGAAAAUAGAAGCAGAAGAAAUCAAGUGUAAGGCCAUGGCUCAGAACGCUCAGAGAGACCUAGAUGAAUCACUUCAUGCUCUAGAGGAAGCCAUGAAGGCUCUGGAGUCGCUGAAUAAGAAAGAUAUGACGGAUAUCAAGUCUUAUGGCAGGCCUCCAGCUCUUGUGGAAACCGUCAUGCAGGCAGUUAUGAUCCUCAGAGGAUGUGAUCCAACUUGGGCGGAGGCCAAGAGACAACUGGGAGAGGCCAACUUCAUUAAGCAGUUGGUGAAUUUUGAUAAGGACAACAUCUCCGACUGCAUGCUGAAGACCAUUGGACAGUACUGCAUGCAGCCCGACUUCCAGCCUGAGAUCAUUGGACGGGUCUCGCUGCAUGUGGGUGAGGGUCAUGGAGCCAGGUUGCAUGGAGCAAUGACUCAGCUGGAUGAGAAACAGGCCACACUAGCUGAGGCCCAGGGCAAACUCGGAGAGGUAGGAGAGAAACUGGAUCAGCUGAAGCGACAAUAUGAUGAAAAGCUGGCCAAGAAAGAGGAGCUACGGAGGAAAUCCGAGGACAUGGAGCUCAAACUGGACCGGGCCGGCAAGCUGGUGUCCGGACUGGCAGGAGAGAGAGUUCGCUGGAAGGAGACAGUUGCUGGUCUGGAGAAGAACAUUUCCUGAUCCUGUCUGGCGGGAUACUGCCUGCUGGCUGCUGCCUUCCUGUCCUAUAUGGCGGUCACAAAUAUAUGGAUGAAACAGGUGAGAGAACUGGGGGUGCCGUGUUCUCCGGGGUUCAGCUUUGCAAUGUUCCUGUCUAAACCCACGACAGUGCACGAAUGGAAUAUCCAAGGCCUCCCGUCUGAUGCCUUUUCCACCGAGAAUGGAGUCAUCGUCACCCGUGGCAACCGAUGACCACUAAUGGUGGACCCUCAAGGACAAGCGCUAAAGUGGAUCAGGAACAUGGAGUCCAAAAGGGGGUUGAAGGUAAUUUUUUUGCAGAUCCUGGAGAAUGUAGUGCAGUUUGGUUCCCCGAUUCUUUUAUAGAACGUCCAAGAGGAACUAGAUCCUUCACUGGCCCCCAUCCUCAACAAGUCCCUCACACGAGUUGGUGGACGUUUCUUGUUAAGACUGGGAGAUAAAGAAGUGGAAUACAGUCCUGAAUUCCAUUUUUACAGGACCACCAAACUGUCCAAUCCACAUUACACUCCUGAAAUCUCAUCCAAAACCACCAUCAUCAACUUUGCUGUUAAAGAACAGGGUCUGGAGGCCCAGCUGCUGGGGAUCGUGGUGAGGAAGGAGCGUCCUGAGCUGGAGGAACAGAAGGACUCUCUGGUGAUCAGUAUCGCCUCUGGCAAGAGGAAACUGCAGGAGCUGGAGGACGAGAUCCUGCGGUUGUUGAAUGAGGCGUCCGGCUCCCUACUGGAUGAUGUUCAGCUGGUGAACACCCUGCAGACCUCCAAAGUCACGGCCACAGAGGUCGCAGAGCAACUGGAGAUCAGCAAACUGACCGAGAGCCAAAUCGAUACCGCCAGAGAGGCCUACCGCCCCUGCGCCCAGAGGGCGUCCAUCCUGCUCUUUGUACUGAAUGAUCUGGGCUAUAUAGAUCCAAUGUAUCAGUUCUCUUUGGAUGCCUACAUCAACCUGUUCAACCUGAGUAUAGAGAGCAGCUCCCGCAGCCACAAACUGGAGGAGAGGAUAAACAACCUCAACAGACACCACAUUACGCCUGUUUGAUCUGUUUGCAGAUACACCUGUUGAGGACUGUUUGAGUGUCACAAGCUCCUGUUCAGUUUCCACAUUUGCGCCAAGAUCCUGGAGGACAUCCAGGAAGCUCAACUGAUGAAUACAGCUUUUUUCUACGGGGGGGGACUGGUUCUGGAUAAGGAGAAACAGAUGGAAAAGCCCUGCUCUAGCUGGCUGUCGGACUCUAACUGGGACAACAUAACUGAACUGGAUAAACUGACUAAUUUCCAUGGACUCAUGGCCUCGUUUGAGCAGUACCCUCAAGACUGGCACCUCUGGUACACCAAUCCAGAACCAGAGAAAGCACUGCUUCCUGGUAAUAUGUCUGCAUGUGUGUGUGGGUCAAGUUUUGCGUACAUUUUUACAGUGACAGAACUCAUGAUGUAUCAUUGGGUGUUCUUGGCUAAUUGUCACCUCUCUCUCUCUUGGAUGUGUGAGCUGGAUAAGCUAGUAGAUGAGUUAAAAGUCCAAGAAUGUCAUCCGGAUUUCCGGCUGUGGCUAAGCUCCUCCCCUCACCCAGAAUACCCCAUUGCUAUCCUGCAGACGGGCAUCAAAAUAACUACUGAGCCUCCCAGGGGGGUGAAGUGGAAUAUGAAGCGUCUCUAUCAGCGGGUGUCUGAGUCUCAGUUCUCGCGCUGUUCGCGGCUGCUGCUGUACCGUAAGCUGCUCUUCACUCUCUGCUUCUUCCACAGCGUCAUCCUGGAGAGGAAGAAGUUCCUACAGCUCGGCUGGAACAUUGUCUACAGCUUCAAUGACUCUGACUUUGAGGUGAGUGAGAAUCUUCUGAGUCUUUAUUUGGAUGAGUAUGAGGAAAUCCCCUGGGACGCUCUCAAGUUCCUCAUCGCUGGGAUCAACUAUGGAAGACAUGUGACUGACGACUUGGACCGGCAUCUGCUUACCACCUACAUCAACCAGUAUUUCUGUCUUGCUGUUAUUGAUACGCCCUUCUUUAAGAUUUCAUUUAUUCAUGAUGCCCGUGUGCCUCCUCUCUAGGAAAUGGCGUACCCAUCUCUGAAGCCCUUGGCGUCUUGGACAAGGUACCUGUGCCAGCACGUGGAGCAGUUUGCUCGCUGGGCCCCUCCAACUGCUCACCCUCCUGUCCUCUUCUGGCUGUCUGGAUUUACCUUCCCUACGGGCUUCCUCACCGCUGUACUGCAGAGCUUUGCACGCCAGAACAAUGUGUCUGUAGACACUCUAUCCUGGGAGUUCACUGUCAACACUAUGGAUGACAAGAAUCUGCUUUUCCCUCCCAAGAUAUGUACUCCUGUCCCUGCUACUACUACCCUGUGCGGUCCGGCGGUAGUGGUCGCCCGUCAUUUGUGGUGGCAGUUGAUCUGAAGUCUGGAGCUGUGCCUUAUGAUCACUGGAUCAAGAGAGGAACCGCUCUGCUCAUGAGCCUUGAUAACUAAACACACUCACACACACACUUUCAGUGACACUUAACUAACACUCCAUAUCUAAUUUUAUACAAUGCACAACAGAGCACAAGCACAAGUAAAUUUAAUUUAAGGAGAUAAUUUAAUAUGUGCUAAAUCCAAGAGCUGAAAUGAAAAC